GGAUAGGGAUAUGUUCCAGGCUGGUAAGACACAUCCGCACCGGCAAAUCUCCGGAGGUCCGCGCCCAUCUCCUGCAUCGGCGCUGGGCUCCCCCGGCGGAGCCCGUCGCCGAUCGAAGAGAUCCGCGCGGCCCUCCGCAGAGUUGUGCCUGUGUGCAGCCGUGCCGUGCUCUCCUUCUAUGGCCUCCCCUCUUGCCACCAGGACCCGUCCUCCUCAGGAACCCUCCUUCCUCACACCAGUCCGGGCCUCCCAAAUGGAGUCCGAGCAGAUGGGGUCGGAGGCUUGCGCCGCAUCGCCGAGGCAUCGGUGGUGCGGGUCGAUGUUCGGCCCGAUGUUCUCCACGCGGACGGCGUCGAUGCGUCGGUGAUGCGGCGUGAUCCUUCGUCCCCGCCUGCUCGGGCCCCAUGUGCGAGGCCCCCGAGCCAGGGGCGACAUGCGGGUCGAGGACGUGAUCAGGGCGCUGCUGGUCAGCAACGUCGCGUGCGCGGACACGGACGGGGAGCUGUGCUUCCAGGUGCGGGUCGACGCGGUCGAGGGCGGCGUGCCGGCCGCGGCGGGCUCGGGCGGGCCUUACCGCAUACUGCUGCAGGACCUGCUCGACGCUCCUCGGCAGAUGCCCCUGGAGUGCCUCGUCAGCGACGCCAGCGAGGAGUGCGAGCUCUACGACGACGCGCCAGAGCCGUACGUCGCCCGGGAGCCAGCGCAGGAUCGGGCGCUGGCGACCGGGGAGCUGCGGCCCACGGCCGGGGACGUGCUCCGCGUGGCCGAGAAGGAGCCCUUCGGCCACAAGAAGAUGCGCUACGGUCGAGCCUUGGGCUCGGGCUACGGCGGCGGCGGCGGCGCGCGCGGCGCUGGCGGCGCGUGCGGCUUUGGACGCGCGCUCGGCUACGGCGCCAGGCAUGGCGGCGGCGGCGCGCUCGGCUACGGCAGCGGGCGCGGCCAGGCGGACUGCUGCACGGUCACCGCCGCUUCCUGCUGCGGCGUCGGCCCGCGCGGCGCCGCUGGCAGCGCCUGCGGCGAGGCCCGCGGCGCCGCGGGCGGCAACGCGAUCUUGUCGCACGUGGGAACAGGGGGCGACUACGUCCAGGAGACGACCUACAGGUACGUGGGAGCCGGCGCCGGCGAGUUCGGCGUCCUUCACAUCCCCGACGUUGGGCCCAACAGUGCAGUGUUGCCUCAUGGAGAACAAGGGGUGCCCGACCACGUUCACGUCGCCGUGCCCCAUUCGGGGUACAACGGCCUCGACCCGCUGCAGUGGGUGCGCGGUUGGUCGGGCGAGAAGAAGCUGUACUGCUGCAAGACGGCCCAGAGGGGGUGUCCUUCGGAGCUGCUGGCGCCCUCGGGCCUGCCGCCCUCUGGCGAGCCGCCCGCCCCCGACGCCAGCGUCUACGACUGCGACCCGCGCUACGCCCUGUUCCCGCGGCGCCCCUCUGGUCGGGCAAGCUUCGGCCACGAGGGGGUGCGCUACGGCGGAGCCUUUGGCCCGGGCUACGGCGGCGGUCGCGCGCUCGGCUACGGCGCCAGGCAUGGCGGCGGCGACGCGCACGGCUACGGCAGCGGGCGCGGCCAGGCGGACUGCUGCACGGUCGCCGCCGCCUCCUGCUGCGGCGUCGGCCCGCGCGGCGCCGCCAGCAGCGCCUGCGGCGAGGCCCGCGGCGGCGCGGGCGGCGGCGCGAUCCUGUCGCACGCGGGGGCAGGGGGCGACUGCGCCCAGGCGGCGCCGCGGUCGUUCGCGCGCCUGAUUGCGACCGCCUGCGCGCUUGCGCUGCCGAUCAACCAGCGGCGAGUCGCGGUCGCCGCUGCCUACCAGCGCGGCGACGCGACCACGCGGCGGUCGCCGGGUGUCGACAGGGGCAAGUGGCAUGAGCUGGAUUACUUCAUGACUGACGGCCCUGCGCUCUCACAGAGGUGGAAGUGCCUGCGUGCGUUCGCUAUGCCGUUCGGGGACCAUUUCGCCAAGAUGGUCUCGCGCUGGCCGCAUGGCCGGCCCUGGAAGGACCGCGGCGUCCGGGAGGUGGCGAGCGGCUUCGCAGACGUUCUGCGGCAGGCCGGCCGCUUGCGCUACGACCUGAUGCGCGGCCCGCCCCCUGAGGCGUCUGCAGUGCGCAGGGAGCUUGCCGGCGCGGCCGCCCGCGCGCUCGGGGGCCCCGCCAGGCCGGCGUGGUCUGAGCUCGCCGCCGCCAUGCGUACCGCGGGCGAGGAGGUGCUCGGGCGUGCUCCACGGCUGGACAACGAGCCUGCGCUGCAGCGCCUCCGCCCCGCAGAGCGGGCUCAACGACAGGAGCUGCAGGGAAGCUGGGAGGCCGUGCGCGCCUUCUGCCGCGGCAUGAAGGAGCUGGGCGCGCGGCCCAGUGACCGCAACCCCAAGGGCCGCGAGGGGUGCGCGCCGGGGCAGGGCAAGGAGCACUUCCUCAGCAUCGGCGGCGCGCCCAACCUCGUCGACGAGGCGGCGCUGGACGACCUGCCGGGCGAGUUUUGGGCCCAGGGGCACGAUCACGCUGCGAUCACGAUCGGCGCGAUCAAGGCGGCCGGCGCGCCCGCGCUGGCAGAGGAGUCGGGCCUCCACGGGCGCGAGCAGUGGGGCAGCCGCAAGUGCCGCUCCAAGCCCGACGCGGCGCCGGCGAUGCGCAUGCUGCUCGAGGAGAGCGCUCGGGCUGGCAGGGCGGUUUUGGACGACUCGCUCGCCGCCGUUCUGGUGGACGUGAAGAAGCGGGGGCUGCGUGAGGGGUGCCCCACCAGCGGCAUCCUCUACACUGCGUUCCACAACGUCGUGCUUCGGCGGUUGCGGGGGGAGCUCCGCGACGAGCAGAGGGUUUACCUACGCUGCAACCGCGACCAGCCACUGCCGCGCGCCACCGAGCAGCCAGAUGCGCACGACUUGAUUACUUUCGUGGCGCACCUGCUGGCCUGCGCAGACGAUGCCACCAUGCUCGCGCGGAAGCAGCACCUGCAGGGCCGUCGAGCCGCGCCGCCGGGCUUCCUCGCCGCCGUCCGGCUGCUGGGCGCACGGUUCGGCGCCGACGGCGGCGCGGAGCAGGGCGGCGCUAAGCGCAGUCAUGCUGCCCGCCUGGCGUGGCGAAGGAUGCGCAAGCAGCUGCCGAGGCUGAAGCUGAGCAGCCGGCUCCGCGGCUCGGCGGCCCAGGCGACGGUCGCGGCCUCCUUUCUGCGCGCCCGCGAGGUGCGCCCCUUCACGUCCGCCUCCCUGAAGGCCUAUCAGAUUUUCAUCAGCGGGGUCAUUCGAGGCAUCGCGUGCGACCCCACGCGUGGCGGCGCUCGAGCGAUGGAGGGCGCGUGCACCACAGUGGAUCUUCGGAUAGAGGCUGGGAUUGACGCCAUCCCCGUGCAGGUGCUGAAGCGGACCGGCGCGAAUGGCGACGCCUCUCCGACAUUCUCGCGCACUUCGAGCGGCAGCGGUGCGACGCCGACGCGUGGGCCAAUCGCGGCCACUGCCUACCGCGCCGAGCUGCAGGGGGCGUCGCGCGACCAGCGCGCAGGAAAGAGGGGGUGUCCACGGUGCGGGGCGUGGUAUGUCGAGCUCGGCAACCGCGUGCGCCUCUGCGACGGCGCCCCGCCAGUCCGCGUCGAGCCGAGGAUCGCGAGCGGCGCGGCGGCAGGCUUCCGCCCCGUUCGCGGCCGAGCCGCCGCCGCCGCCGCGGAGCAGCGCGUGCGCCGCCACCAGCAAGCGCCGCCGCCAGCCCCCGCGGCGCCGGCUCGAGCUGCCGCUCGCAAAGUGCAGUGUGAUCUCCGCCACGCCACUGCAAGCCUGCCUCGGGUCGGCCCAGCCAGGGCGGCCAUCCGCGGCAGCGCGCGGCGAGCCGCGGGCGGGCUCGCGGCCGCGAGGGCGGCCGUGGCACAGGCCCGGCAGCGAGGCGAGGGCGCGGCGCAGGACCGCGGGCAGGAGGUCCGGCGGCGCGCGCGGGGUCGUCAGGGCCAGCAGCCGGCCGCGGCCGCGCCGGGCGAUGCCGCCCCCGCGCCGGCCCGCGCCUCAGGGCAGCAGCUCAUGCUGCUCGACGCGCCCCACGACGCCACGGGCGAGGAGGUGGCGGCGGCGGCGGCGCUGCGGCCCGCGGAGGCGGCCUUUGGGCCGGAAACGGCGGCGGCGGCGGCGGCGGCGGCGGGCGCGGCAGAGGCCGAGUCCGCGGGCGUGGUCUCGUCGCCCCCGUGGAGCAGGUCAUGGAGGCCCUCGAUCGUCACUCUCGGGAUCAGCCGCGAGAGGGAGAUCCACGUGCACGCCGACAGGGUCGGCUCCAUGGUGGUCCUCCGCGACGAGGAUCUCAUCAAGGAGGCGUGGGACCUCCGCGACGAGUGGCGCCGCGCCGACAGGGCCCGCAAGGGGCAGCUGCCCGAAGGCGCCAACGGCCCCCUGCCAGUCCACGUCAUGGGCAGCCAGCGCAGCAUGCUUUUCACGGCCAUCUGCGAGACAUCGCCCGAGGAGCUGGAUACCAAGAUUUUUCGCUUCAAGCCGCGCCACGAGGAGCCGAUGGCUGGGCGGCCCUGGGUGUUCUACAUCGCAUGCACGAUUCGGGUCGCCGCGGGCUUCCUGGAUGCCCUCGCUGCCCUCCAGGCCUCGAACAUGGAGAGGCUGCGGUUCGGGGCGCUCCACGCGGACGACGGUCCCAUUGUGCAGCGGCUGCGAUCGAGGGCAGCGCUAGGCGGCGGCGCGGAGCGCGCGUCCGCCGCCCGCGGGCUGGCGCCCUGGCUGGAACGGCGGCGACCACGAGAUCCCGCCCCACGGCGCGCCCCACGCGCGCUGCGGCCAGCGCGGGCGCCCGGGAGGCAGGGCACCUACGGCGCCGUGGGCGCCGCCUGGGUGCACGCCUUCAUCGUUGCCCUGCUGGUGGGAUCUGAGCGCUACCACAUGCUGCUGCUGCAAGAUGGCCCAGAGGGGAUGCCCCUCGGAGCUGCCGCCGUCCUCGGGCCUGCCGCCCUCUGGCGAGCCGCCCGUUCCCGACACUGGCGUCUACGACUGCGGCGCCGGGUGCCGCUGCUGCAUGCACUGCCUGGAGCUGUCGCGCCCCCCCGGAAGAUCAACUAUUGCUGCGCGAACUUCCACGAGGGCUGCAAGGGCGAGGAGCUGAUCGUGGGCCUGGGCGCCGCGCUGGCGCUGUCCUUAGGGGUGGCGGCGCGAAUGGCGCUCGUGGGGAGCCCGCCGGAGGACGCCGUCCUCAUUGCCAUCGCCAUGGCGGCGACGGUGCUGUUUUCGGUCCUCUUCGGGGCCCUGACGCCCCUGAUGCUGAAGCGCAUCGGCCUCGACCCGGCAAAAGUCAGCGGGCCCCUCCUGUCGACGACCGUGGACAUCUUCGGGGUCCUCGCGGCCUGCGUCUCCGCCCAGCUCCUGGAGGCCGCGGGCUACCUGCGCUGAAUGGGAGCAGUCGGUUGUCUGUGGGUGGGGUGCCGCCAGCGACCCGGCAUCGGCCGAUGCGCUGGACGGUCUGACCCCUCGGGAGCGGCCGAUCGUUCCAGGCUGAGAACGACCCCGGUGGUGUCAGAGGCAGAGCGCCGAUGCCGUCACGACGCGGACCCGGCGUGUCGCUCAGCACGUCGCUCCGCCGGUGCUGGCCUGGCGCGCCUCGGCGCCACGCCCUGUCCGCUUCUCGGCCCCUGCAGGCGUCAACGUCCCGAGCCGUUGCCGGCCUCGCGCCGGCGGGGCGUCGCGACGAGCUGUCCACCUCAUGACGAGGAGCCGCGUGUCGCUGGAGCCGCCGCCGCGGA